UCUUUGUGACCGGUAUUUAGUCUGCUAGAGCAGUUCGUAGAGUACAGACGUUUUUCUUCCUCUUGCGAUUUUAAUAAAGAACAGUAGUUAGAUUCAAAUUCACAGUGUUUUAAAUAAUUUAACUUCCCAUUUCCAAUAGGACAUUUAUCUUGAUUCGCAAUCGAAGUUUACCAGAAAUGACAACGAGGAAGUUUUUAUUGAAAUUUGGAUGAAAUUUCCUUGUGUCUUGAGCUGUUCGGUGAACCAUCAUGACUAGUUCAGCCGAAAUUGAGCUGGAGAACGAACGUUCUAAUGAUGAAGAGGAGAGAACCUAUUUGGAUGAAGGAGAGAAUGAAACACUACUAACCCGAGCACUACUGAGCUCAAAGGAAAAGGAAGAUUGUUCUACUAGAGGCAAACCCCGAAAUAUUCUGAGAUCAACUUGCUACAGCCCCAUCGAAUUUUUCCGAAAGAAACAACGCGCUGUCGCAUUGCUAUUCCUCGCUCUCCUCAUUACUUCACUUUACUUAUAUUUUGGACGUUCUGUGCCCGAACUGCAUAAUCUAGAAGAUGACAAAGGUGAGGGAUACUUAGUUUGGAAUCCGAAAUGCCAUAUGGUCUCAAAAAACGCUACGGACCCAUCGAUAAUUCAGUACAUAGAGAAACAUAACUUCGAGUCAUGUUCCGAUGGUCCUCUACUAAGCUUCAUUGAGAAGGAUGUGAAAGGUUCUUUCUCCUUAGUUAUUGACCAAAAAGUUGCCAAGAGCUAUGAUAAGUUCGUCUGUUGCUGGUCUCCAAUUACACGGCCUGUCCCUAAGGAACCCCUCCCGAAAGAGUGGGAUACAAAAAUCGACCGAGGAGAAUGUCAAGACUUCGAAAAUCGCGUGCAGCUUCCCCCUGAUUUAGAAGUCGUCAUGCUCACUUGCAGACCAAAGCACAUUUCAAAGGGCAACCUCAGUGGAUCUGACAUUCUAUACGAGAAUAUUCACCCCAUUUGGAAUCCCGCGAAGGUUCAAAGUAGACUCAUCACCUCCAAACCCUUCGACCAAAGCAACAAAGCACGAAGAAAGAUGAGCAUUCUAGUUUUAGGAUUAGACAGUGUCUCCAACCUAAACUUCCAACGAAGCCUGCCAAAGACGAGACGCUACCUGAUGGAUACCGGUUGGAUCAACCUCCAAGGAUACAACAAAAUGGGAGACAAUACAUUUCCAAACCUGAUGGCGAUUCUCACCGGUCAGAAUGCCUCGACGGCCUUGGCGAAAUGCCAACCACAGCAAGCCUACGGCUUUGACAACUGUCCUUUUUUAUGGUACAAUUUCAGAAACGCCGGCUACGUCACUGCCUACGCCGAAGACUGGAUCGACAUUAGCACAUUUAACUAUCACAAAGCCGGAUUUGUAAAUCCCCCAACUGAUUAUUACCUCAGGCCCUACAUGAUAGCUGCCGAGAAGUUCUUGAAAUUCAAAAAAAAGUUCGAUGCUAAAUACUGCACAGGGCCUGAAUUAACAAUCGACAGGAUUUACGAUUCUGCAUUGAACUUUGCCAAGACAUUCCUCGGCUCUCCUUACUUCGGAUUUUUCUGGACAAAUACAGUCAGCCAUCAAAAUGUGAAUGGGCCAUCAUCAAUGGACGAUCAUUUCUUAGAAAUGUUCGAAAAGUUCGCUGAAUCAGGCGUCACCAAUGAUGCUUUGAUGGUGUUUUUGAGUGAUCAUGGUAUGCGCUGGGGAGGAAUCAGGAACACGCUUGUCGGCUGGUACGCGGAGAGAUUGCCUUUCAUUUACUUAAAACUACCGGAGUGGAUGAAAAAAAAUCCAAGGGCAUUUCAAUCACUCAGUAUCAAUGGGCAUCGUCUGACAUCACCUUAUGAUCUUUAUGAGACCUUUCGUGAGGUCCUGAUUAAGGCUGGGGGUGAUGCUAAAGCCAGCUCUGGGUGCCCGACAUGCCAGAGUUUAUUGAAACCAGUGCCAAUUGAGAGAGGUUGCGCAGACGUUGGGGUUUCUUCCCACUGGUGCACUUGUACUGCCUUAGAGCCUGGGAAUACAGGCGACAAAAUUGCUAAAGAAGCUGCUGAAGCGUUUCUCCAAUAUGUGGAGAAUAUUGUUAAAGAUUAUAAAUCUAAGGACGGGAAAAGACUCUGUGCAAAGCUUAGUAUUACAAAAAUUCAUAGAGCAGAUAAAAUUAUUAAUGUGAAUAAUCCACCAAAUGAUCCUAAUCAUGUCGAAGGAUAUAUUUUUUUGCUUGAAGUGGCCCCCGGAGGGGGCAAAUUUGAAGCGACCAUUAGAGUCCAUCGGAAAGGGAAUUACAGUAUUUCUAAUGAGGAAAUCAGUAGGACUGAUUCGUAUGAGAAGAACGCAAAAUGCCUCAACGAGGGUAUAAAAAUGUUCUGCCAUUGUAUUUCGUAAGAAUGGAAGACGAUAUUUUAUAAUACGAGUGAAAAAAAGGACAAAUCGCCUCUUUUUCAUCAACAUUAUAAAAUAUCGUACGAUAGAGAGAGCCUCAUAUGACCCCAUGACCCUUACUUUGACCUCCAUGACCCUUAUUCUGACCUUUGUAAACCUUAAUCUGACCCUUCUGAUCCUUAUUUUGAUCUUCAUUAGAACCUUUGUGACCCGUAGUGCCUGACCUUUGGUUUUUGACCGUUCAUUUCUGACCCUGGACUUUGGAGUCUUCAUUUCGAGUACCAAAUUUUCAUCACCAGAAGUAGAUUUGGAUUUUUAUAAUAUAGAGAUUUCUCCAGGCCAGUCAGUCCCAGAUGGUCCAAGUCCAUCUCCAAAUAUUACAACUGUGUUGAAUUAUGGUAUGGCUAUGCUACAAAUGACCGAAUGAACUCUAUUGACAAUUAUUACCAUUUAGAAUUAUUCAAAUUAUUUUGUGUAAGAUCUCAAAUUUGAUAGUGAAAAAUAAUAAUGGGUGUUU